UGUUUGUUCGCCAUGGGCGAAUUGAUCAUGCUCAAUUUGUUCUUCCAAAUAGGGUUGGGCAUGCGGGCGGGUCGCCAAUGGGUUUGGGCCGAUCCGCUCGCAUUUGACCCGAAUUUCGUCAUGCGGAUGGGUAUGUGGGUGGGUGACGGGUUGUGCAGGGAGCCAUCCGCGCGGGUGGCGGGUGGGGGGGGGGGGCGUGAGUGACCCGCUCAACCCAACAGCAAAAAGAACAAAGUCGUUGACGCUUGAUAGUGGAGAGUGGAGAUGUUGACGGAAACUAGGGAUACUCCUGGAGAUUGAAUAUCAAAGCCAAUCUUUGAAAUCUCUACUUCCCUCUUCUUCCCUUUAUUUUUUUCUCUAAUUCUUGUGCCAAAAUCACCUCUAUUUCCUCCGUUGAAUUGUUUUUCUUGUUUUCCUGCACCCGAUAAUCAUCUCCAUCCGCAGAAAACACCUCCAUAAUAGAACUUCUAUGCAAUUUCAUAACUAAUUCGACAUUUUUUCUUCCUAUUCCAUCUUCUUGUUUCCGUCCGAUAACUCUCCACCAACUAUCUUGCCACUUGAAGUGAAUAUUAAAUUUAUAGGGUGAAAUGGAUGUUGAAUUGGAUUUUUAUUUUACAUAUUGACAUUUGACAGUGGGUUCUGAAAUAUAAAUGGAUCAUGUCAAGUUGACUCCUUUAUAUUAUAUACAUUGUGAUGUGGGUGAACCCGCAAACCCACCCGCAUCAUCCGCAUCCACCCGACCCAAGUCGAGACUAAAUGUGGGUGGAUGGUGGGUUAAAAAUUGUUAAUCUGUUUAAGCGUGUGUGGGUGCAUUUUAUGGACAAAAUCCACCCGAACCAUCCAAUGUCCUCCACUACUUCCAAAUGCAUAAAUGGAGAUUUAGUGCUAUUUUGAUUUAGAUUAGUGAGUUGUAGGUCACGAUCCAUCGCAAUUAACCACGGUUUAGUACGGUCCAGACCGUAUCAGACCACAAACUAAAGGGGGAGACCACAAACUAGGCCAAACCGUAAUUUUGGUCCCACAAUCCGAGCCAAGUCACCAAACCAUACGAUCUGAUUUGGAUCGUGGUUUCUCGUAUAGUUUGGUCUAGAUAGAUUCCCAGCCCUACUAUCAAUUACCGUUUAAGAUUGUGAUUCCACAUUUCCACUUCCAUCAAAUACUGGGCCUCGGAAUGGGAUAAUGUGGCUUAUAACAUAUUUCCUAGUGAUGACCUAGGAAGACAUUAAUCGGGCCUAUAACAAACAAACCACUGGCCAUGUGUUCUGAAUGUCUAUGUGUUUUGUCGUUAUAAGCCCAAUCUAUGAACUUUAAGCUUUUUAAAAUACAUUUUGGGCCGUGAAGUCCAGACUCGCUUCCGGCUUCCCGCUUUAAACAAACGACGCCGUGGUAUGCAAAUAGCCGCCACCCACCACAACGCUGUUCCUUUUCGCGGUGUGAUUUUAAUUUUAAUUUUUCCUUUACUUCUGAAUACUGCUCGUAAACUCCAGCGAGAGAGCGAGACUUUGCAGCAAUCUCGGAGAAGCAGAAAAGGGAAGGGUCUAGGGUUUUACCAUUGAAGAAACCAGACAAGGUUAGAAGAACGACGAUAGCCGAGGGAACGAUAGACAGUUAAAGGAAUGACGACUCGAAUCACUCCCGGCGUCGGGGCGAAUUUGCUCGGCCAGCACUCUGCCGAGAGGAAUCAGGAUGCCACCGCUUACGUCGGUAACCUCGAUCCCCAGAUGAGCGAGGAGUUACUGUGGGAGUUGUUCGUUCAAGCUGGCCCCGUAGUGAAUGUCUAUGUGCCAAAGGAUAGGGUGACUAACCUGCACCAAGGAUAUGGAUUCGUGGAAUUCAGAAGCGAAGAAGAUGCUGACUAUGCAAUUAAGGUGUUGAACAUGAUUAAACUAUACGGGAAGCCGAUUCGUGUGAACAAGGCGUCACAAGACAAAAAGAGCUUGGAUGUUGGGGCGAAUCUUUUCAUUGGAAACCUUGAUCCUGAUGUUGAUGAAAAGCUUUUGCACGACACUUUCAGUGCAUUUGGAGUAAUCGUUAGCAAUCCCAAGAUAAUGAGAGAUCCAGAAACAGGAAAUUCCCGUGGUUUUGGUUUCAUUAGUUAUGACUCUUUUGAGGCUUCAGAUGCUGCCAUUGAGGCAAUGACUGGUCAAUACCUGUGCAAUCGUCAAAUAACAGUGUCAUAUGCUUAUAAGAAAGACACUAAAGGAGAACGUCAUGGGACCCUGGCAGAGAGAGUGUUGGCUGCCAGCAAUCAGAAUACUACAAAAAGUCGACCCCAUACCAUGUUUGCCAGUGGCCCUCCUACACUUCCUGGUGUCACUCAGGCAAAUGGUGCUAUGGUUGGUGCACCAGUGCCACCCCGUCCUUUUGCAAAUGGUGUUGUUCCUCCAAGUCCGGUAGUCCCUCAGUUGCGUGCACCAAACCCAGCCUUCCCCCCAAUGCAGAUGGGUGGUGGACAACCCCAUUGGCAGGGUCAGCCUCCACAACCAAGUCAACCCAUGGGACAUAUGCCUCCACCACCUCCAGUUCAGUUCAGGCCUCCACCUCAAAACAUGCCACCACCACCUCCCCAGGGAAUUCCCGGAGGCUAUGCAAGACCUCCGCCUCAGCCAAUGGCAAUGAUGGGAGGUCAGCCACCGCAACAAAUGUGGCGGCAGCCACCUCCUCCCCAGCAGUUGGCUGGUAGGCCCCUCAUGCAACAGAUGCAACCACCUCCUCCGCCCCCAAAUAUGAUGCCGCCGCCACCUUCAAAUUGAUUGCAUCCACAGCCACUGCCCUCACCCUCUCAUUUCAUCACCAGGUUUUUAGUCUCUCAGAAGUUUGUCAUAUCAUUAAUUACUGUUCGUGUCCGGAACCGUUGAGCCAUUAUCUAGGAAGAUAGAUGAUUUAAUGUAAAAAAAAUCCGUUCGAACCGGUGCUACUCUAUCAAGCUAUGUGAAAUCUUACUUUCAUCCCAAAGCCGCUAACUAUGUGUCCGUGCUUGGUAAACAGAUCUUUUCUUCAGGUUUCUGAAUAUGCCUUUAUCACAGAUGUUGGAAUCAACCCAGGUUAUCAGGAGAGCUUCAGAACGAGGAGAUCAAUCUCUUUACAAGCACUCGAAUCCGGUAAGAAUCUAUUGUUCUGAAGCACUCCUUUUUGGGCCACAUAAAGGUUUUCAAAGAUUGGUGAGACAGAGAUUCGGCUUUAAUGGAGGCGGUAAAGCUUUUUUCCUUGUGUUGGCAUGUGAAUGGGAAUGGACCAUGGGGCUGGCAAUUGUGAGUGCGAAACUAGAAGCCCUUCCUUCAGGCUGGGAGGGAGAAAGGGGGGUAAAGUUAAAGUUGGGUUUUAAUCAUGUGCUACUGUUUUUGUACCUUUAACUGAAAGUCAGCCCUACAUACUUUCCCCUCCUCUUCCCCUCCCUAUUCUCGUUAGUGGGUUUGUUGUACAUCGGAGAUAAUGUGUUGUGUGUCGGAUAGAGAUAAGGCAUUUUUGAAGAAAUCUUCUUUCUGAGUUAGUCAAAAUUGAAGAAGAAAUCUUCUUCUUCUUCUUUGUGUACUUUGAUCCAUCGAUGGGGUUUCCCUGUUAGUGAUUGGGGAAAUUAGUGGGAGCCUAAUAAUGAUAGGGCAAAUGAUUGGAGGGUUUAUGCUAUACUGACAUGUGGCAUGUCUGUUGGUUUGGCGAAUCCCUGCCGCCCAUUUUCUUGUACUUGCUGUGUAGGACGUUUUGUGACGUACACAUUAGAAUGCGAUGGUAACCAGUUUUAGGUUUGGUGAAGAGAUAGGUUUCUGUAGCUUACUCCAACUUUUCUUUUCCUUUUCGCAAUUCAAUUCAGUUGCCCCAGAGUUGGAAAUGUUGGGUCCCUAGCCUCCUAAGCUUCUUGGCUGUUUCUGGUUUCUAUGCUUUGUUUUGGUGUACAUCCACGUACUCUUUAGGUUCCUUUUACUUGGCUUGGCUUUCAACAUUGCCUAACCAGAGAUCGAAUUGAGCUGAUUCUUAACCUCGGCCGUCGAUUCGGUCCUCUUCUGAUGGGAGAUUGAGUUCCCUGGUGGAAUUAGGGAAACGCCUACCAGAGAUGACAAGUUUCCUUGUGCUGGUAGGGAAGAUUGUGUGGAAGGGAAGAGGUCUCCAAAUGGAGUUGUCUCUACAACUUUUCGUCCAAACCCAUGGAAGACCUCUCUCAGAACACUGUGCAAAGCCUUUUCUUCAUGCUUUUCGUUUGGUAUGCUGAUACAUCUGCGUAACUAACCAGUUUCUCGACAUGGGGGUCGCACGACCCCAACCCUUCAAUGGCUGGAGUGGGUGAUAACUUCCAAACCCCAGGUAUAGUUGUAAAUGAGCAGGGUCGAGUUGAGUAUUGACAUAUUUUGAGUUCAGCUUGUUAAUAAACUAGUUGAAGUCAGCUCGUUUAGUGAAAUCCUGGCUUGUGUGUUUGACUCUAGCUCAACUCAUUAAUGAGCUCACGAGUUCUAAUCGAGUUCGGCUCAUCAACUAGCUUGCGAUGUCAAUUCGAGCUCUAGUAUCAUAUUAUUUAGCUCAUAAAUUUUAUUUGUCCAUAUCAUGUUAUUUAAUAAUAAUUAGUAUCUAAA